CUCCUCCUCUGCGAUGCCUUCCUGGCUUCAGGUCCGCGCUCGGUGGUCUCUGCUCCGCGUCCCUUCGCUACCCUGAAGAGUCCUUGUGGUUCCCAGUUGACCGAACAGAGUGAAUGCAGUUAGCGCCGCCGGCCGGCCCAGCUCGCCACCGGGGUCAUUCCGGCUUUCUAAGGUUGCCCGGACCGCCGGUCCUCCAGUUGCUCCCUCCACCAGAUUUUCAGAUACUGAUGUUACAAACAAUAAAAUAUUGGAACAUAGAAUUGAGGAAAAGACUUAAAUCAGAUUUUGCUGCUGUUAGUUAAAGAUAUGGAUCCUGAAUCAGAGGGACCAGCGGUUAUCACAGUGACGCCGCUUCAGCAAAUGUUUGCCUCUUGCACUGGAGCUAUACUGACAUCACUGAUGGUGACACCCUUUGAUGUUGUUAAAAUUCGACUCCAAGCCCAAAACAACCCAUUCCCCAAAGGAAAAUGUUUUCUAUAUAGUAAUGGACUUAUGGAUCAUCUGUGUGUCUGUGAAGAGGAAGGCAACAAAGCAUGGUAUAAGAAGCCAGGACAUUUCCAGGGAACAUUGGAUGCUUUUUUGAAAAUCAUUCGAAAUGAGGGCAUUAAAUCCCUGUGGAGUGGCCUUCCUCCUACGUUAGUGAUGGCAGUUCCUGCCACAGUUAUUUAUUUUACCUGCUAUGAUCAGUUAACUGCUCUUCUGAGAUCUAAAUUAGGAGAAAAUGAAAGCCGCAUACCAAUUGUUGCUGGAAUCGUGGCCAGACUUGGCGCAGUGACUGUAAUAAGUCCACUGGAAUUGAUCAGAACCAAGAUGCAAUCUAAGAAGUUUUCUUAUGAGGAACUGCAUCGAUUUGUCAGCAAGAAAGUAUCUGAAGAUGGUUGGAUUUCCCUCUGGAGGGGCUGGGCUCCUACCAUUCUUAGAGAUGUACCAUUCUCAGCAAUGUACUGGUAUAACUAUGAAGUCUUAAAGAAGUGGUUGUGUGCAAAAUCUGGCUUAUAUGAACCAACAUUUAUGAUCAACUUUACCUCAGGGGCAUUGUCUGGUUCUUUUGCAGCUGUUGUAACUUUGCCAUUUGAUGUGGUAAAAACACAAAAGCAGACACAACUUUGGAUAUAUGAAAGCCAGAAAAUUUCUAUGCCUUUGCAAAUGUCAACCUGGACUAUAAUGAAGAACAUUGUUGCUAAGAAUGGAUUUUCUGGAUUAUUUACAGGACUGAUUCCUCGUUUAAUUAAAAUUGCUCCUGCUUGCGCUGUUAUGAUCAGUACAUAUGAAUCUGGGAAGUCUUUUUUCCAGAAACAAAAUGCUCGAAGACAGUGAUACUAGAGAUGCUGUUUCACCCUGAAAUAACAGCCAUGACCAAAUAAUAAGAGGAGACUCUUAGGCAAGAGCUUUUUCCACUUUUUUCACUAUUAUCUUACAGUGGUUUUCUAUCAUUCUUAUCUAUAAUUUAAACGAAUAGUAAAUCUCUACUUUGCAUUUAAUCAUUCUAAUUUCAAAUUUUUAUCCUAAUUUUUGAGAAUUAGAAAAAGAUACUCCAGAAAUCAUAACCAUUGAGCAUUCUUGUAAAGAAGAGAAAACUUAUUCUACACUGAAAGCAAUAAUCUCAGAGUUUGGUACAGAUUUCUGUGUAACUUCAUCCUGUUGGGAGCGUCAGAGUCGUCAAACAUUUUUGCAGUUGUGUGCUGAAUGAUGUACAGAGUCUAAGAGAAUUCCCAAGUCUUUUAUACAUGUUUAAAUCAUGGACGUAGAUACUUAAGUGUUUCAACAAAGUAGAUAAUGGAAAGCAGUCUUUAAAUAUUAUUAUUCACAUCAUUUACCACAUAUUGCCUAUCAGUUAUUUUCUUUAAUUCAUAUGUAUUUGGGUCUUCCCCCCUCCCCCCGCCCUGUUACUAUUUUAAGGCCUCGUGUGUAUUAAGAUUUCUCUGAUCCAAGGUAUGGCUCUCUUACGUUCAUGAACCAAAAAUAUAACUUGUGUGAUAUUGAUGCUGCUGUUUUUGAUGUCUAAGGACCCCGUAUUAUCUACUGUUUCUGUGAGAGAAGCGUUCACUGGCCAUAUUCAAUGUUCACUUCAAACUUGGGUGUGCAGUGGAAAAGCAUGUUGCGUUCAGGCAGUGAGAAGGCUGUUUCAGCACAAGAAAGGCCUCUGAUUUCAACUGUCUUGCCAUCAGGUAUUACCGUUUGUGAAGUUCUCUAGGUCACGUCUGUUCUCUUGUUCUAACGUCACUGAGACAGAGUAUGUUCAAGAUGUCCCUUGACUUUACACAUCUCACACGAGUGUGCUAGACCAAGAACUACCCAGCCAGUUUCCUUGAAGAAGAGCUUUUGGUCACUGGAGGCUAAUGCCUAAGAAGUUUAGUUUAUGAAUGUAAGAAUGAAAAAGAAUAUGAUUUCAAGACAAACAAUAUUUUUAAAUAUUUUUGUUUUUCUCAGGAUCUGUAUACUCUAAGAAAAAGCACUUUAUUGCAGUCUAUCUGUAUUUUAUGAGAAUGUGAAACAUUUUUUCCCUAAAAUAGAGUAAUAUAUAUUUAAGUGACAAAUCUCUAGUGUUGGUAGGAAUUAAUGUAUUUUCUAAUACAGUAGAAAACUAUUUAAUGUUUCACCUGAAAUAAACUAUAUAGGGUUUGUAUUUAAGCUUUUUGUGUUUAUUUUAUCCUGUGUUAAUUUAUCUUAAGUUUGCAACAUAUAUAUCCAUAAAAAUAUAAAUAUAUUUUCAUUGCAGUAUUUUGUGCUUUCUUAAGGCUACCACUGUGCUUCUAGCUAAAUACUUUGAUAUAAAAUUAUGUUAAUGCUAUACUAUCAACAUAUAUAUAAAACACAUGGAAGUUUAUCUUGAACACUGAAUUUCACAGUAUUCAAUUUAAAUUUACCCUUGUUCUGCUGUGCUUCUUUUGGGUAACUGGUAGGAAAAGGCAGAAAAAUUUAGGUUUUGAACAACAGUCUCAAAAAACAGUUAUGUAUUUCAAGUUAAUGUCACUUAUAAACAAACAGAAGGGAAACUUUCAUCCUCUCCUUGCCCCACUAUUGACUGCAUUGUGGAAAAUUCUUAUUUUAUAACUAAAAGAACGUAAAUAAACCUAAUUCCCUGUAGUUUUUGUAACAUGCAUUACAUGCAAUGUAUCUGAAAGAAAAGUCUGAAUUUAGGCUUUGUCUAUACUUAAGUGGAAUUCCCUGGUGGCUCAGAGGAUUAAGGCAUCUGCCUGCCGUGCGGGAGGCCAGGGUUCGAUCCAUGGGUUGGGAAGAUCCCCUGAAGAAGGAAAUGGCAACCCACUCCAGUAUUCUUGCCUGGAGAAUCCCACGGACAGAGGAGCCUGGCCAGCUACAGUCCACGGGGUCACAAAGAGUCGGACACGACUGAGCGAGUUCACUUCAUACUUAAGUGGUAAAAAAGCAUUACUAGUAGGAACCAAAAAAGGUUUGGCUACAAAUUGUAUUCUUGGUAAUGUUUCUAAAUGCAUUCUGUUAAUGUUAAAAUUUCUAACAUACACAUUUAAUUUCUUAUGUGUAAGUUUUUUAAGAAAAAUGUCUUAUUCAAGUAUUACAUGCUUGCUGCCUUUCAUAUAAUUCCAUAUUACUUUUCAAAAAUAAAGUUUUUUCUAGGGAAACUAAUCACUAUGUUUAUUUAGCCACAUUUGACUCCUUUAAUUCUAGCCUUUUUAUCCCCUGGGGCACAAAUUGCAGGGAUAUGGGAAAGUUUAGUGUAUUACUUUUAAAUUUUUGUCCAAAAUGAACUUUUAAAAGUAAAUUACUGUUAUUAUGUUUUAAUCCAUCACUCAACACUUACUGAGAUGAGUCCUUUGACGUGGUAGGCAGUAUAAAAAGCACUUGGAGGUAAGACAUUGCAGCUACUCUCAUUGGUCUUAAGGUUUCAGCUGUGAUUGUUAGAAAUAAACAAAAGAAGUAAUAGAAAAGCUGAAGAAUUCUCCCUGUCCUGGGGUGCAGAGGCUGAUCGGGAAAUGGUUCUUAGGACAGGCAGUCCAAGGCAACAUACCUGGAGGCUGGGAGUCUUCAGUCAGGCAGUGGUAUUUAGCACCAGUGGCUUGAGCAGAGUGUACAUGCCCCCUGGUAGAUCAGAUGGGAAAGGAGUCCAGGGGGCCUGGUCUGCCGAGCAACAAGAAGGCAAGACAAAACCCAGGAAGUAUUUUGGGCCCAGCUCUGAAAAGUUAGAGUUGUGUUUUGUUUUUCUCUCAAGAGCUUUUUUUUUUUUUUUUAACUGAAAGAAAAUAGGAUAGCAUAGGUUAGCCUUGAAUAAAACAGAAAACAGCAGAAUGUGUCACAUAUUGAGACCAAGCGUUGUACAGUGAAGCUGGUUUUAUAAAAAUGACUGGAAGGAUGAAAAAUGGGACUUAUGAUCAGGUGACCUAUUUAAAAACAAAAGUUUUGGUUUAUACUAAAGUAUAUUUUUAAAAGGUACCACCGUGGCAUUGGUAUAAUUUUAUCUUCCCCCUCCUUUCAGUGGGGGAAAAAAAGCUAAAGCAAUAUAGAAGUUGCUUUGCUUACUAAACAGCAAAGUGGACCAGGUAAAAGAAAUUAAGAGCCCUGAUGUUCAAAGCAGUCAUGUGACAUUUCCAGAGUAAUCCAGUAUAUGAGCUUAUCAAAACCAGAAACUGUAACCAACAAUGGGAAAUUUGACAAAGAAUUUACAUAAGUUGUAAAUUGGAAAAACAUUUUUAACCACUUGAAAACUUGUAUGUACACCUAAUAAAGAUGACUUAAAACCAA